UGUGACUAGAAAGGAAAGUGUGUUUAUUUUCGUUUGCAAAAUAUCGAUGUUUAAUUGUUUACGAAUAUUUUCGAAUAUUCAAAAAUGUAAAGGAUUCUAUUUCUUGUUGAUCCUUUUAAAUUGAUUCCAAAUUCCAGAUUGUUCAGCAUAAAAAUGUUAACAGUCUGAGAUACCAAAUCCCGUUGAGCAAUGGAGGGAGAUCCAAGUGUUAAAUCAGAGCAUGCAGAAAUCCGUUCGUUUGUGUUGUUUAAGAACGUAACCGAUCGCACCGUGGAAAUUUACUGGGUCAACUAUUCUUCCAAGUUAAUUCACUAUUCCUCACUGGAACCGUCGGCCCAGGUCCCGGUCAAUACAUACGUAACCCACCCGUGGGUUUUCAUUGACAAAGCUACGGGUGAGCGGAUGGUGGUGAACCAUCGACCAGUUUACUACCCUGCCGCAUGGUACACCAACAUUGAUCCCAACGGAAAACUAGCCCGAAUAGAAGUUCGAAUACAUUGUCCCCUGCGGACACUCAAGGAUACCUGCAGUUGGAAGAUAUUUGCAACCCUCACUGACAAGAAGGCCUUUCUCGAUCUCGAGCUGCCCAAGACGCUGCUCGAGGAUCUUCGGUCCUGCUACAAUCUCUAUCUGAUGUGUAACGACAGUUUAUCGUAAUAUAGAAUGUGAUAUUUUAUUAGUGGAUAACUUUUGAAUGUAAUUUGACGUAGACUUACCUUUAAUAUAAAAAUAAAUCAUGCUUUGACCAAAUAGAGUUGCGUAAUGAU